AUGACUUUGGAUUUUCAAUCACUUCCUAAGGAGCCACCAUCUGCUCCCCGAGCAAUGACCUAUCCAACGAAGGAUGAACUUGAAUUUUCCUCGAGUUUUAAUCUGCUCAGAGCAUUUGGUCUCUUCCAUGGUGACGAUGGUGACGAUGGUGAUAACGACAUUGGCAGAGCUGAAGACAGCAAUUUUACAGAGAUAGAACUACUGCAGGGAUACUUGAUUGGUGUUUCGUAUCUUUGCGAUAUAGAAAAAGGAGGUAACACUGUUACAGCCGCGGCCUUGUCUAACGACCUCGAGCUAUACCUUGCUGCCAACAAUGAUCUGCAUCCAAAAAUCCAAUCUUUUAUUAGCCGAGUCGUCCUGGAAGAACUGCGAACUGAUAGUGUGGAAAGUCGGCAUAAAGUCGCCGAGAGGAUACUCCGCGAGGCGGUACAGCGAGCAGGGAAAAGAAUGGAAUUUUACUUCCGUAAACUUAAGGAUAUCUGGGGAAAAUGCAGGGUUUCUGUUGAGGAUCAAUUUAGAGCAUUCUCGAGACUUAAAUUCUUGAGGGAAAUCAAGCGUGUUGACUUUGUCCAAUCAUCAAAUAGAAGAGCUUUAACGCUCCCUGAGAGUUCACUUGAUUUCGCUAGGCUGAGUAAGAAAAGCCUUCAUAUGGGCAUGCGAUAA